GUAUAAUGUUAUAGUUAUUCGCGCUUUGCCCCUACGUUUGCUAACCUCGAUCGCUAGGAACGGAACUGUCGCCGACAUGCGCGCCCUCCUGCAACUUGAGCCUUACCAAUCCCGAUUGCGCAUUUUGUGUUGGAUGUGGUGGCUUUGCGAAGGCUGAGCAAAGUCUUGCCCACCACACCGGUGUGUUCCUUGUGGUGAUUGAGACGUCGAUAAAUAGCAGUGCAGCUUCGAAUGUGAUCCACCUUAUUUACGAUCAAGAACGCGGCUUUAUAACGAUCGUGACUCUAAUCUCUGAACUAGCCAACAAUGAGCACUAUACAAUUGAGGGAACUUGUGGAGUGCUGCACAGCAAUAUCAGAAUGUGAACCUGGAGAAUUGGCAUUUGUCCAUACUCCCCUAAAUGAUCCGGCAAAAGAAAUACGGAUCGCCACAAUCUACCCAUCAGCAAGCAUCGACAGCCCAGUCCUAUGCGGACUGUCGACUUUCACGCUAUCAACAGCGCCAGAUUAUGAAGCCCUUUCUUAUUGUUGGGGCGAUGAGAACGACUCACGACCUAUUUUCUUGAGAGGAAGGCCGUAUCGCGUUACGACUAAUCUCUUUUCCGCGCUUCGACAACUCCGCCGUGCUGAAACAGAAAGAAGAAUCUGGAUAGACUCCAUCUGUAUCAACCAGAGCUCUCACCACGAAAAGAACCACCAGAUACCGUUAAUGGGAGACAUCUAUAAACGAGCGAAGCAAGUGGUCGCAUGGCUUGGCGACUCAGAUGAAGAAACGCGCAUUGCUCUGGACCUUCUCACAGAUUGGACCGCAACGACGAAGCGCUUAUCAGAUUACAGGCCACCUAGCUGGGAUGCUCUUUGUAAUCUCCUUGAACGACCGUACUGGACCAGGUUAUGGGCUUUACAAGAGUGCGUUCUUGCU